GCUAGUGUGCGGUCGGCUACGCUAGCGCCAAGUUAUAGUUAUACGAGUUUUGUCAAGAGCGUAUGUCACACGCGUUCGUAAGUCGCCGGCCGGUCAAAACGUUUAUUACUUUAAAAAUCUCGUUGUCUUCUAUUAUACCAUUGUUUAAACCACAUAAUUAGACUUGUUAUAUUGUGCACGUGUUGUAUUUGGAACGAUAUAUUGAUAUAUUUAAACAUUCAGAUGGACAUUGAAUGUGUUGUGAAAUAGGGCAUGGUGUCCGUUUUACAUCGCUAGGAUCGAAGAGCGAACAUUCUGAAAGUUUCCGUAUACCUGUACUAUGGAAAGCAAGAAACCAAUCAACUUGGACUCUGUGUUGGAAAGUCUUGGUCCAUACGGACGUUAUAAUCUAUUGAAUUUCGUCCUACUUCUGUUCCCGGUAUUACUAAGCAGCUUCUAUGAGUGUGGAUUUAUAUUUGAAGCUCAAGAACAGACUUACAGAUGCAAAGUUAAUGGCUGUGAAGAAAGAUUCAAUGACACGUCGUGGCUUGAUUACGCUAUACCAAAUAACACUAAAACAAACCGGCCUGAUAUGUGCACUAGAUAUGCCACCAUAAAUGACACCCUACAGCAAUGCACGCCUGAUGAAUUUCUAAAUAAAACUGUUCCAUGUGACAGUUUUGUGUACGAAGAAGGACGAUCUUUUGUUAAAGAGUUCGAUUUAGGUUGUCAGGAAUGGAAGAGGGCGCUAGUGGGCACCGUCCACAACUCCGGCAUGUUCGCCGCAAUGUUGGUAACGGGGGCGAUAUCUGAUCGCUUCGGCCGCAAGGUGGCGGUUGGGAUAGCGUCAAUUGCCAGCCUUAUAUUCGGUAUCGGCAGAGCCUUCACAAAUAAUUACCUGGCGUAUUUAGCUAUGCAUUUCCUGGAAGCUGGCUUUGGAGGAGGAUUGUACCCAUCUGCGUAUGUUCUGGCUGUGGAAUUAGUAGGAUUGAAGCAACGUGUGAUAGUCUCCGCAAUGUGCAACAUGACAUUCGUAGUUGGUGAGAUAUUACUAGCUCUGCUCGCCUGGUUCGUCGACAGUUGGCGGCAUUACAUCAUCAUUCUAUACACUCCUGCGAUCCUGGUAGCUGUAUACGUCUGGUUCAUGAAUGAAAGUGCCAGAUGGCUACUAAGUAAGGGAAGACGAGAUGAAGCGGUUAAAAUAUUAAAAAGUGCAGCUAAAAUUAAUAAUUUAGACCCAAGGAAAUUAGAAUUAGACUCAUUGGGUGAUCCACUACUUGAUCCGAAGAAUCAGACUGUGGAUAAAAAGUCGCAGUUCUCUAAAGCGAUUCGUUCAACUAUUAUAUGGAAGAGACUGGUUAUCUGUUCGUUUUUGUGGAUGACUUGUUCAUUGGUUUAUUAUGGAUUAUCAAUAAACGCAAUGUCACUUAGUGCUAAUAAAUAUGUUACUUUUAUGUUGGUAGUUGUGGUUGAAAUACCAGCGUAUGUUAUAGUUGUGGUUGUGUUGGACAAAUAUGGAAGGAAAAAGACUUUGGUUGUGAAUUACGUUUUGUGCGCGGUCACCAAUUUGCUGUUCGCAUUUCUACCGAAAUCUGACUGGUGGUCGAUUCCAAUCUAUCUGGUUGGCAAAUGGAGUGUUACACUCGCGUACAGUUCUGUAUACAUCUACGUGUCGGAAGUAUUCCCUACCAACAUGCGACAGACGUUGAUCAGCUUCUGUUCUACCGCUGGCAGGAUAGGAUCUCUUGUAGCGCCGAUGACACCGUUAUUGCAUGAAUAUCACAGUUCAAUGCCGACGGUGAUAUUUGGAGGUAUGUGUCUCAUAUCGAGUAUGUUAGUGCUGAUGCUACCAGAGACAAGGAACAUGCGACUACCAGACACGAUAGAAGAAGCGGAAGAACUUUCUAGAAUGAAAACUAGAUCCGUCGACAGUUCAUAGAGUAAAAAUGUGAAUUCAUAGACAAUUUAGAGAUGUCCGAGAAUUAUGCUGCAUGUUUUUUUCUGUUACCGAUCUGUUGUGAAC